AUGGUGGAUAGUUUGGCUACAGGAUACCCUACGAGGUCACACUUCAAUAAGUCGCAACCAGAGAAAGGAGACGAGGAAGGAGCUGGAGAACAUUCAGGUCAUGUUAUUUUUCAAGAGAUUUUUCACUACAUCAAACAUACUAAAGGAAGAACUAGUUUUGUGGCCAUCAAGUUAGACAUGGCUAAGGCCUAUGAUGGAUUAGAAUGGAGUUUCUUACGAGCCCUUUUUGACUAUCUUGGCUUUGGAAAAAAUUGGGGAGACUUCAAUAACUAUCUUAUUAGCUCAUCCUCUUUUUAUACUAAACUCUAUGGCUCUACAUUUGAUUUCUUUGAGCCUUCUAGAGGAAUUAGACAAGGAUGCUCACCUAGCCAUUUCCUUUUCAUUGUUGCUAUGGAAGCUUUAUGGAGACUGCUCACCACUUAUGGAGACCUUAAUUUGUUUAAGGGGAUCAAGGUUGCCCGAAGGGCACCUGAAACCUCUCACUUGUUCUUUGUUGAUGAUACCUUCUUAUUUUAUCGAACUACCCUUGAGGAUAUUUCCACUAUUAAAUGCAGCCUGGAUUUAUUCUCUGAUCUUUCUGGCCUUGCCUUAGUUAUGAUAAAAGUGGUUUAUCUUUCAGUUCUAAUGUUGAUGCCAUUACCAAAGCUUCUCUAUGCUAUCUUGGGUAUUAGUGAAAUGAAGAUGUAG